AUGUCCGGAAAUUCUCAGCACACAGCAGCGCGUGAAAUGAUGCUUCUCUUUCUCGUCCUAUACGUCCUCGUCGCAACUGCCAUUGUCCUCGUAAUUCGAGAAUGCUGGCAGUCUCGAAGCCGGAGACAGCAGCAACGGGCCUCGGAUUCGACACCACUCCUUAGACGCAAAAGGACAAGAAGACCAAGUAUGCAACAACGACGACAACGACGACCGUGGAACCUUUUCUGGUGGCGCAGGAUCGGACAACAAGACCUCGAACAUCAGCAAUCUCGUCAACUUUCCAUCACUCGUCCUGCUAGUAAUGAUGAGGGAUAUGGCUUUGGCUAUGGCGCUACUACCGACGACAACCUCUUUGCCGGAUUCGACGGAGUCCAACGAGCAGCGAUGUAUGCCACUUCCAUCCGGGAAAGUCUUAACGCACCACAGGUGACGACGACGACGAGCCUCAGCUUCUCGCUCAGCGCUGGAACUUCUUGUUUUUCCUCUUUGUAUGCGUCCUCCUCCUCCUCCUCCAUGUUGACUUCACUCACCAUGAUGGCCCCCUCAUCAUCCCUGCCGCCGCCGCCACCACCACCGCCACCGCAGAUUCUCACGCACAGUUUCUCACACACAUACUUGCACAUUCGCACUCUGACGUACUGCUCUGAAGGCCCCGUGCAUCUCGUGCAACAUCGCGAGACGGGCGAGAAAUUUGUCAUUAAACAGGUCCCGGCAUCUUCCAGAAGCAGUAGAAAAAAAUUACGUAUCCCACACGAAGCCGCCAUUUUGCAAAAAAUCCAACAUCAUCCCAAUAUUAUCGAAAUUGCCGCUACACUCGAUGGUUACACGCACAACAACAAGAACAACAACACCACCACCAAGCACAACAUCCGCCGACGCACCCACGACAUCGUAACCCCCUUUGCCGAACUCGGAGAUCUUCACAACCUAAUAUCGCAUUUUUGCGGAACCAAAAAGCGUCAAGAGUCCAUCCCCCGCGAAUUUAUUCUACACUUUGUCUCCAGCAUGAUUGACGCUCUCGCCUUUUUGCACGAAGGUGCCAUUGCGCACGACUCGCGCUCCGAUACGGUCGUGAGCGUCAGUCAUCGACAGCCUGUCAUUCUGCAUCGAGAUAUCAAGCCGUUGAAUAUUUUCUUGACUGCUGCUGCUGCGGACGCUGCGGACGCUGAUGCUGACACGACAAUGCCCGGGUUGCCGCAGAUUAAACUGGCCGACUUUGGUCUCGCGUGCACACCUGCGACGAAUAAUGGCGUGGUGGGGACACCGGGGUUCAAAGCACCGGAGAUUGUGAAGAUUGAUGAGUUGUACGCUGCUCGAGUGCCAUAUUAUCUGGAUAAUUACGGUCAGUUGCCGGACGUGUGUUCGAAAGCGGGAGAUUUUUAUGCAUUUGGAGUUUCGCUGUUUGCUCUAAUUUUCUUAGACGACUACGAUGCCAAGAGGGACCACGACAUUGAUGCCGAUAUUCUGACUACUAAUCUGGGGAAUGAUGUCGAGAUACGCAAUCUCUUGAAAGCGUGUCUCGCGUAUGAUCCGGAGAAACGCCCGGUUGCCGGCAGCUUGCACUCCCUGUCUACUAAGAUCAAGGCCGAGCUAAGGGAGUGGUAUGCCAACGGCGGUCGACUGCCUGACGACAUGUGGCCAGAUCCAAUGUAUAGCGAUACAGAGUGGGCGAAGCGUAAAGUAGCGGCAAAAGCAGCAGCGUGCGCCUGUGUUGAUGCUGAUACAGAACUCGUCCCCUCUGCCAGCCCAACGCAGAUCAUCAGCCAAGCCCAUAGCAGCCGACAACUCUGUCGCUUUCCUGGAACUGGAGAAGUUCGUGGCGUGGCUGCUGUGUCGGACUUUGACCUCGAUGCCUAUCUGUGUCGAAGUACAAUGUCCCCCCGAUCGUCGCGCGAUUCCUGA